GGAAUAGAAAAUAUGCGGAGUUAUGGUAGGGAUAAAAUCUGAUCUAGGGCACGCUGUAUCCGUCGCCGCAUCCAUCCCCCUCCCCCUCCCCCGCUUUAUAUUCAUUCAUUCUUUCUGGAUUUAGGGCAACAUUCGAAGCAAGGAUUGGAUUGGAUUGGAUUGGGCGCCAUGACCGGGAAGGCCAAACCCAAGAAGCACACUGCCAAAGAAAUCGCCGCCAAAGUCGAUGCUGCUACCACCAAUAGAGGCGGAGGGAAGGCCGGCCUCGCGGAUCGAUCCGGCCAUGAAAAGGGCGGCCACGCCAAGCUCGAGUGCCCGCUCUGCAAGAUCACUGCUCCUGAUAUCAAGUCUAUGCAGAUCCACCACGACGCUCGCCAUCCGAAGAUCCCCUUUGACGAGUCCAAGCUCAAUAACCUUCAUUCCUCACUCGGAUCGGAUCAGGCGAAGCCUAAGCCCGGCGUCCGCGGCAGCCUCAAGAAGUGAAAAUCCAACUGCUCCUGCUCCUGCUCCUGUUCCUCUGUUUGUGUUUCUUCUUUAAUAGUAAAUUUCGAACAAAUUAAGUUGAAGAAGAAGAAGAUGAUUAUAUCGCUGUUGGCUAUCGUUUCGUUGCUACUACAUGGACAAUAAUAUUGUCACUCAAGUGCUUGUGUACGUGUAAUGCAUGUCUCUGUUUUUCUUUGUUUUGGAUACUGAAUGAUACUUUAUGCCUUUGUCUGUGUAA